UCUCAGCGUUCAGCAGUCCAGAUUCGCUUUCUGUUGCCGGUUUGACCUGCUCGGUCACUGUUGGAGGGUCUUUGUCCUGCUGAUUCCUCCCUUUAAACCGAUCAUCUCUUGUUGGAAAUCAACAUCUGCAAGUGCAUCAUGUCGGAAAUCGAUGAGAGAUUCUACUCCAGGCAGCUGUAUGUUCUGGGUCAUGACGCCAUGUAUCGGAUGGGCACAGCCAGCGUCCUCAUUGCAGGCAUGCGGGGUCUUGGAGUGGAGAUAGCCAAGAAUGUGAUUUUGUCCGGUGUGAAGUCCGUCACGAUCCAGGAUGAAGGCCGGACAACGUGGGCCGACCUCUCCUCUCAGUUUUUCCUGAAGGAGUCCCAUCUUGGUCAGAACCGAGCCACGUGUUCCCUGCAGCAGCUGUCUGACCUGAACCCACGUGUGCAGGUGUCGGCCCACCCUGGACCACUGCACGAUGACCUGCUCCUGCAGUUCCAGGUGGUGGUCCUCACCAACUCCUCACUGGAUGAUCAGAAGCGCUUUGGUGAGCUCUGCCAUUCACAGGGAAUCAAGUUCAUAGUGGCAGACACCAAAGGACUGUGCGGUCAGCUGUUCUGUGACUUUGGGGAGGAGUUUGAGGUCUUGGACCGGAAUGGAGAGAAGCCUGCGUCGGCCAUGAUCCAAAGAAUCUCCAAGGAGAAUCCUGGAUUGGUGCUCUGCACAGAUGACCGGAGUCACGGGUUUUCUGAUGGCUUCAAAGUUUCCUUCUCUGAAGUCCGAGGCAUGACAGAGCUCAACAGCAUCGGCCCCGUGGAGAUUAAAGUCCACGGCCCGUACUCCUUCAGCAUUGGUGACGCUUCAGCCUUUUCUGAGUAUGAAUGUGGUGGAAUAGUGACGGAGGUUAAACAGCCCUUCAAGAUAAAUUUCAAACCAUUCUGUGAGGCUCUAUUGGACCAUCAGCUACUGAUCAACAGCGAUUAUGGAAAAAUAUCGAGGCACCACACCCUGCAUUUGGCUUUCCAAGCCCUCCAUAGCUUUGUGAAGAAAGAACAGCGACUUCCUCUUCCUCAGUCUCAGACAGAUGCAGAUGUCCUGCUUGACAUGGUGAGAGAGCUGAAUACGGUCGCUCAGCUGGAGAAGCUGGAUGAAGCCGCUGUGAGAAUCCUGUCCUGCACAGCUCAGGGUGACUUGGCUCCUGUGAAUGCUUUCAUUGGAGGCAUCGCUGCUCAGGAAGUUAUUAAGGCAUGUAGUGGGAAAUUUACGCCUCUUCAGCAGUGGCUAUAUUUCGACGCACUGGAGUGCCUCCCUGAAGAGAGGGACCAACUGGCAGAGGGCCCCCCUCCAGCUAAACGCACGAGGUACGAUGGACAGAUUGCUGUGUUCGGGUCAGCGUUCCAGGAGAAGCUGGAGAGGCAGAAGUAUUUCCUGGUUGGAGCUGGCGCUAUUGGCUGUGAGCUUCUGAAGAACUUUGCCCUGAUUGGGCUCGGUGCUGGAGAAGGAGGACAUAUCACUCUAACAGACAUGGACUUCAUAGAAAAAUCCAACUUGAACCGACAGUUCCUGUUCAGGUCUCAGGAUAUUGGGAAACCAAAAUCGGACGUUGCUGCCAAAGCAGUGCGAGAGAUGAACCCACAGAUGAACAUCACGGCUCACCAGAAUCGUGUGGACCCCGACAGUGAAGGCGUGUAUGACUACAGCUUCUUCAAGGGUCUCGAUGGAGUGGCUGCAGCCCUCGAUACCGUAGAAGCCAGAGCCUAUCUCGAUGUGCGCUGCGUUCAACACCAGAAGCCGAUGCUGGAGGGAGGAACUCUAGGAAACAAAGGUCACACUCUUGUAGUGGUGCCUCACCUGACCGAUUCCUAUGGGCCGGCCAGACCAGAUACAAGCAAUGCCAUCCCACUGUGCACUCUCAAGAACUUCCCUUACCGCAUUGAGCACACCCUGCAGUGGGCCAGAGACCAGUUUGAAGGACAGUUCAAGCAAACACCCGAAAAUGUGAAUCUCUUCCUGAGUGAUGCAGAGUUUGUGAAGCGGACUCUCGGCCAUGGAGACGCCGAGGCCCUGGAGGUUCUUGGGGAGGUGUGGAGCUGCCUGGAGGACCUGAAAGCUGGAGGAGAACGCCCAACGAGCUGGGAGGACUGCGUGAGCUGGGCACGCUGCACGUGGGAAACUCACUAUAACAACCAUAUCCGCCAGCUUCUGCACUGUUUCCCUCCUGAACAGGAGACUGCUACUGGUCUACCCUUCUGGUCUGGAUCCAAAAGAUGCCCUCACCCGCUGACCUUCGACCCCAGCAGUACGACCCAUAUGGAGUAUGUGGUGGCAGCUGCUAAUCUCUAUGGGCAGAUCUAUGGAAUCAAGGGGACAAGAGACUUCGCUUCUAUCAGAAGAAUCUUAGAGACAGUCAGUGUACCGCCUUUUACUCCCAAGUCCUCCGUGAAGAUCCAUCUCACUGACAAGGAGAUGGAGGAGGACAAGGAGCGGGACAGUGAUGACGCUGAAAAAGCCCGACUUGAGGAGUUUAAAGGAAAGUUGGCCUCUCUGAAAAACUCCGCCAUGCAGAUGUACCCCAUUGACUUUGAGAAGGAUGACGACAGCAACUUCCACAUGGACUACAUUGUUGCUGCUUCCAACCUGAGGGCAGAGAACUACAACAUUGCUGCAGCCGACCGGCACCAGAGUAAGCUCAUUGCCGGAAGGAUCAUACCAGCCAUAGCCACCACCACAGCUGCGGUGGCAGGCCUGAUGUGCCUGGAGCUGUACAAACUGGUGCAGGGCCACCACAAGCUCAGCUCUUACCGUACGUCUUAUUUCCUCCUGGCUCUCCAGCAUUUUGUGUGGUGCCAGCCACGCCGGGCCCAGCCCUUCGAAGUCGCAGGAAAGAAAUACACCCUGUGGGAUCACUUCCUUGUUGAGGGCAGACGCGGCGGUCAGCAGGAAAUGACCUUGGGAGAUCUGCUCCAGCAUAUGAAGGAAAACUACAGCUUGAACAUCUGCAGUCUCUUCUACGGACCGGCCAUGUUAUACAACGGCCAAAAAGACAGGCUCAAACUGAGUGUGUCUAACUUGGUGAAAAUGGUCACCAAGACUGAUAUCCCUCCGCACAAGAAGAUGCUGGAGUUGAACCCGUCAUUUGUUGAAGAUGAGGACUGUGAGUCAAUCCCACCUAUCAGAUACCUGCUGCUCUGAUGCCUUCAAUGCCAAGUCGAGGCAUCAGCAUGGAGCGGCUUCAGCAUGACAAGACAAGCUCUGCACUCCUGUGAUGUCUGCUAAAAACAACCUCCUUUUCUUAUUGUCUAAUGAUUUUUUACAUCAUCUGUCUGUCUGUUUCUUUCACGUCAUUUCACAAGUACAGUAUUCGUUAAUCUAUGAUACUGUCCCAUAGCCAUGACAAAAUGCACAAAGCACAAUUUCCUCAUUCUUUAUAAAUUAUAUUGGAAAAGAGGAAACUUUGCAAACUGUAAUUUCCUUAUUGCUAGAAAUUUUACCAGAAACUUUUACAUUUACAUGUAAAAUGUGUCUAUCGAGAGGUCAGGCAAAGAGAUUGUGAAGAUGCUUGCCAAGGCAUAUGGAUGAGACGAUGUGGCGCUGCUGGGCCACAGCUGGCCUGGUUUCAAGGUUUAAUUCAGGUCAGACUGAACGCGAUGUGGAAGGGGUGCAGUCCGAACAGGCGCUUGGCCCAGGAGGUACAGCGCUCUGACGGUGCUCUUGCCAUCUGGACACGGCUGUCCUAUGUAAAUCCCGAACCAAGGCGCGCAUGCAAACCUCUCCCUCUCAGAAGAAUCUCAUGUCAGAGUGGAGGAGCUGGACUCAUCUGCGAAACCUUCAUCUGCGAAACCUUCAUCUGUCCUCAGAUGGCGUUUGUGCAUGCCCUGUCCUUUUCCACAUCCUCACAGUGUGUUUCAACUUCAUUACAAUGCUCUGCUCUCCCAGUUGGCUGUACUUGAUUGUGGUCAUGAAUAAUCUUCAUGUUCACUGUGUGCCUGUGAUUGACAAAUGCUGUUUAUGAUUAAACAAUAUUGUAACAAAUAUGGGGGCUAUGGGGAACCAUGUUAUGUUUGUGUACUUCGCUUAGCUAAUAGACUUCAGUUCCCUUAUCAUCUUUCAAAUAGUUCACUGACAUACUUUUCUAUGAUGACUGCACCACACCCAGCCUCCCACUUCUGACCACAAACA